CCUGGCGCAUCAUGUUCGAAGAUACUAGAACCACUCCACAGCCCAUGAAGGUGGUGGACAUCCGGAAACACCCCGAAUAUUCGCAUGUCUUAUGGCCCCUGAAGCCGUCGCAGGAGGGAAAGAUUGCGGUAGCUAAGGGGAGGGGAGGACCGUUUAAUAUUGCCUAUGAGGUACAUGGAAAUGGUUCGAAGCGGUUGGUGGUACGUCAUGCAUUGCAGUAUUUCAUAUACAUAUGGAUAAUGGGCCUCGGUGGUAUCAUGCAGCAAUGGCAACGUCAAACCAAAGACUUCGCCCACCGACCCGACUCCCCAUAUUCCUCUCUCAUCUUCGACAACCGUGGCGUCGGCCAGUCUGACAAGCCAUACAUGCGUUACUCGACCACCGAAAUGGCGCAGGACAUAGUGGAGCUCCUCGACCACGUCGGAUGGACGCAGUCCCGCGAACUGCACGUCAUCGGGAUCAGCCUCGGCGGCAUGAUCGCGCAGGAACUCGGCCUCCUCAUCCCCUCCCGCAUCGCCUCCCUCUCCCUCAUCUCCACCGCCCCCCAACUCGUUCGCACCCUCGGCUUCUUCGAAAACAUCCUCAACCGCAUCAACCUCUUCAUCCCCCGCUCCCUCGACGUCCAACUCGCCACCAUCAAACGCAACUGCUACACCGCCGCCUUCCUCGACGCCCCCGACGAGCUCGCCGCCGAAUCCGCCGUCCAAUCCUUCCCUACCAACGGCGACCGCUUCGCCGCCCUCGAGAUCCAGAAGCGCUCCGACCUCCAGUCCUUCCGCUUCCAGGGCUUCGCCGCGCAGGCCAUGGCGGCGGGAUGGCAUCAUAAGACGGGGUCGCAGCUCGCGGCGCUGGGGGACCGGGUCGGGCGGAAGCGGAUCAUGGUGGUGCACGGGACGGGGGAUCGGAUGGUGCCGUUCGUGCAUGGGCCGAUGCUCGCGAGGGGGUUGGGGUUGGUGGAGGAGGGAGUGGUGAGGUUCGUGGAGGGACAGGGGCAUGUCAUUCCGAUUGAGUGGAGGGGGAGGUUUAAUGAGUGGGUGGAGGAGAUGGUGGCGAGGGGGGAGGAGUGUAAUCGGGAGGAGGGCGUGUAGGUCGACUCAAUGAGGAGUUGAUAUUACGAACGGCCGCACAUAUCGGUCUAGAUUGUAUGGCAGAUAUUAUAUCAUCAUUGAGCACGUUUUUCCAUGGUUUGGGACGGAUGCGCCCUGGAUUGUUGAAGCAGAUCGGCCUCCUAUGGCUUGCUGGCGGGCACGAGUCCGGUGCACUUCAGGUCAUCGAUUGUACCUACUAUGGGCUCUAAAGGGUUGAACUAGGAUUGAAUCAUUCAUAUCAGUAGAGGAGGCGGGAGCUAUAGACAGAACUGACUUGAACAAUAGGGAUCUAGAACAAUAUGCAUAAAGCAUUUGGGGCUCGAAGUAUUCGCGAGCAAGACUUGAACUAUGGAAACUGAAAGCAUGCAUGUUCAGUGAUGGUACGUCCGGACUCUGGAAUGGUAUUAUCGCUUAAAUAUCCACCUUACCUUCAUAUUAUUAACGACU